AUGGUGAAAUUUUCUUAUAAUUUGGCGCCAGGCCCACUCAAGCCCAGCAAGAAGACCUCGAGCCCACCAAGCGACUCCCUCGUAAGCCAGUUAACUGCCAUCCGAGCUAUUCCGGUCGACGUAAAGACGAGCUCCAGCUCGAUCAAGGACCAGGUCGGCACUGCGAAGAAAGACGAAGUCAAAGAAGAUCUCCUUCAAAUCCGGUCUGGUCCGAGAUCACCGGGAUCGUUAGCUGCACGUGGCGAGAUACGCGGAGGUGGAUCGUAG